GCGCGUUCACAAACUCCAACAUUUUAGCACAGAGCUACGCUCGCGAGAAGCGGAUACGCGCCCGGUCCCGGUGAAUUGCCCUAAUCCCUCUCGCGUGCACCGUGCAUGAAAACCCGCAAAGCAAGGCCGAAACCGAGCAAAAGCCAGUUCGUCGGUUUACAGACCGUAACAUGUAACAGAACACCCGCCGGGUGAGAAGCACGAGAGGAGAGCGAUCAUUCACCGGACACCUCCACCGUUAUUCGGGACAGGAGGAGGCUGGAGAUCCGCCGCUCUCAUGCUGUCCUGACCGGACCGGCUCAGCCGUAGACUGUUGUUUUGGACCCAGCGUCAGGUCAGCUUUAUAACGGCGCAAACGCGAGGCGAAGAUGUUGCAAGUGUUGGCGUGCGGUGUCGUGCUCUUCCCCGGUCUCUUCUUCACUUUCAGGAAAGUGCUGCCGUCCAUUUUCAAGCAUUGGACAGAAGCAGACGUCGUGCUGGUCAGCGAGAGACUGGUGUCAUCCAUUCACGCUGUCAUGGCCGUGACAGCCGGCAUUGUUGUAGUGUCUUCCUGUACAGGAAACGUGAUUACAGACCGACACUGGCUGGCCACCCAUUUUGUCAUUUGGUACGGUGUGCCCUACAUGUCAUAUGACAUCUUCGCCAUGUACCUCAGCCAUUACCAUCGCUUCCGGGUCAAAGGUCACGAGGACUAUAAGAGCCACUCCCUUCGAACCGUCAACUCAUUCGUGAGGAAAGAGUUCCUGCUGGUCCUCCAUCACAUUGCACUGCUCACCAUUCUGCUUCCGGUGACUCUGUUCUUCAGGAAGGACCAGGGCGAUUACUUCAUUGGUUGUCUCUUCCUCACUGAGCUCAGCACUCCUUUUGUUUCACUGGGCAAAAUCCUUAUUCAGUUGGGUUUGCAGGAAUGCCGGCUGCACAAGUUCAAUGGCGGCGCGGUGCUUCUGAGUUUCUUUAUGUGUCGCAUCGCUCUCUUCCCGUUCAUGUACUGGAAGUACGGCUCCCACUACGGCAUCCCGCUCUACGGCGUUCCCUUCCACCUGCCACUCUCCACCAACCUGGGCAACCUCUGCAUCCUGGCACCUCAAGUCUACUGGUUCGUCCUCCUCUGUUGCAAAGGAUACCGACUCUACAAACGUCAACGGGAUGCUAAGAAUCAGGCUUCUCCGCUGUCCUCACCCGAGCCGGUCUCCGACACCAGCAAGGAAGAUUAGAGAACCAAUCACUUCUUCAUCUAAAGCAAACCGACAUGCGUCACAUCUGAAGGCAGCCGCAUCACUGCUACUAUUGCGUCUACGGUUCCCACAACUCCAGACUGUUCCUGUUUAUUUUUUAUCGACACACGCACGGCUGUGCCCUUCAAGGAGUGUCUCUUAGGUCGAGUGUUGUGACCCGUCUGUUCCUGUUCUGAUUGGAGGAUCUGCUACAGUUUUGACUGAUGUCUCUCUGUGUCAUUGGAAUUAUCUGUUACUGCUUUUUGCUUAAUCUUCUACGAUACGCUGGCCCUACUCAAUCGUUUAUAUGUGUGUGCCUGAAGUACACUGGUUUAGAGCAGAAAAGAUGUUAAGCGGAUGGCACGACCACAUACAUUAACAUUCACGCAUUCGGCAGAUGCUUUUAUCCAAAGUGACUUACAAGAUAUAUUUUAUCAUUAUCGAUCAAAUGUGAAUUCAUUAGCAUACAUUAUUUCUUUCAGAGCCAAAUUUAAGACCCGUCCGCCCCCGGUCGCUUAUACUUUGCUUUCAGCACAAAGCCGGCAUCACCAGGUAAACAUUUCCAUGACGACAUGGCUGUUGUUUACAGCUCAUUAGAGUCGUGUGAAUGUGUUUGCACACACACUGCCCUGCUGUGACUGUUUACACUCCUCUAACACAUAUCGCCCUUUACGCUCGGGAGGCGGCUAAUGAAUUCUGCUUCUGUUCUACGAGCCUUUUCACAAGCUUACGUUCUCCCUGUCACAUGGGGGCGGUAGAGAGUUGUCCCUUAUGUUUACCACUGUACACAGGGGGCUUGAACCUAACGGGGGUCUUUGUUGGGCGCUCAAAGCACAUUACGCUUGACAUAUCUUUAGAGGGCACAGUAUGUCCGGGCCAUCUCCAGGUGAUAGUUAAAGCAAUAACACAAGGGGAUUGUGGGGAAGGAUAGAAAAGUUGCCAUCCUAAACGUAAUGUUUGGGUAUCUACUCUGGAAUGGAAAAUCCUACAGAGCUCUAUAAACAGAUUUCCAUACAUUCUAGUUAUGCUCAGCUGCGAAAUAUAUAUCACUGACUAGAAAUUGAUCUUUACGAGUGCAAUCUUUAUGAAUUCGUUUUUUAUGUAGUAAGCACGAAUGACUGAAAGUGGAAAUUCAUGGGUCAUAGAAGUGGGAACACUAGUAAUAAUCGCUGUCUUUAUGAGGAAUUAGGGGAGCUUGAACUUUUAGCUUUCACCCAAAAAUGAAAAUUCUGUCAUCGUUUUCUCGACCUGUUGAUAUUUUAAACCUUUAAGACAUUCUUUCUUCCGCAGAACACAAAAGAAGAAACUUUGAAGAAUGUCGGUAACGGAACAGCACCGGCCCCCAUUCACUUCUAUAGUAUGAACACAAAACCAACGCAAUUGAAUGGGGGCCAGUUAAUGACAUUUUUCAAAAUAUCUUCUUUUGUGUUCUGCGUAAUAAAGAAAGUCCUACAGGUUUGAAAUGACGAAAGGGAAGAGUUUUCAUUAUUGGGUGAACUGUCACUUUAACUGAGCCUGCGGUUUUGUGUUUUAGGUCAUUUGAUUCAGUUCAGUUUUGAUGUGCAGUGUUAAUCGGUCGGAGGGCCUAUGAGGGCUUGUGAAGUGCAGGAACUCAGAAACCUUAGUGUCGGGGCAUCUUUCCUAAUACAUUUAGUGGACGCUGAAUGCCAGUGCAUCUUAGAUGUUUUCACUACGACUUCUAGAUUCCUUAAAGCUUAUUUAAAAGUGCAUAGCUGUCAGAUUAAUGCAUCGCUUAUUGUUACACUCUUAUUUAGCACAUUUCUAAAACAAACUGGACUCGACUCUAGCAAGUGUGUCCGAUGUCUUAUAAAACAGUGUGCAUAGGCUCUCAGCUCACACUCUCAGAGGCUGAACAGGGUCUUUGCUGGAUUGAAAGAGAGAGAACGCUUUUCUGCUUUGCCUUUUUAAAGGUUUGGUACUUUUCAAAAGUAACUAUGCAGUCUUUCAUGCUGCUGCUUCACAACUCUUCAUCCGGUUUCUUUGGGCUGCGAUGCAUUUUGGUGAUGUAUUCCAUCAAUGCAUGUUGUGUUCCAGAUUUUUUUGUUUAGUAUUUGUUUAGUUCUCCUAUAGCUUUCAAAAGUGUGUCAUGUGCUUUUCAUCAUCAUUUAAAUGAGUCAGUGUGUUGAAGUACGAUGGGCUGGUCAAUGCUUAAUGCUUACAUCAUUUAACCUUAAUCUCAUUCUCUCACAGGUCAGAGUGUGUUUUGUUUGCAUUUCAUUUGUGUCGCAAAAUAUAUUAUAUCCAACGUAUACAAUAUACAAGUAUUAUAUAUAUAUAUAUAUAUAUAUAUAUGUAUACAAUUUCAUAAUACAUGAACAGACUUUAGCUAGAGGUUUAAAAACACAAAGUUACCUUGUGUUUAAGGCAUUAUUAACCUUUAAACCACAGGGCAGGUGUGAUGCUAUUAAUCAUAUGAAUGAAGCCUCCUCUCAGCUCAGGGUUUGGUUAAGCUCUUAUCAAUGAUUCAAUAUCAUUCAGACCUGAAAGAUGUUUCCUCUUGUGUUUUGGUUUUCUUUCUGAGCUUUCCAACAUGGCAUGAGAUUUUUACAUCCUCCGGCUUCAGUAGACCAAAGACUGUCAUGGCACUUUAUACAGCAGUGAAAAGUGACUGACACACAGUUGAAUUGCGUUUCCCUCACUUGACUGUCACCAAAAGGUCAUAUCUCUACAAUCUUGCGUUUAUGGCUCAGGCAUUCUUCAGUCUCUGACACAAACACUGUAUUUCUAAAAUGUUUGAUUUACUGUCUUUUAUUUAACUGAUGUAUAAAUCUUAUAAAUCGUACCAAAACGCACAGGACGUUUAAUUCCAAAAUCAAACAAAAGAAAAGUAAAUAAUAUUUUGCAUGAAAAAGAUGAGAAAAAGCCUAGUUUUAGAAACAAUACUUGCUUUGGGACAUUGUUUCCAUGAGACUGAAAGUGAUGGUUCUGCCAAAAAUCAUCGUCAUCAUUUACAACCCUCCUGUCAUUUCAAACCUUUAUUGCUUUAUUUCUUCCGCAGAACACAAAAGAAGAUAUUUUGAAGAAUGUUGGUUGCCAAACUGCACUGGACACCAUUCAUCUGUCUUGUAUGAACACAAAACCAAUACAAGUGAAUGGGGGCCAGUUAACAACAUUUUUCAAAAUAUCUUCUGCGGGAGAAAGUCAGUCAAACAGGUUUGAAAUGACAAGAGGGUGAGUAAAUGAUGACAGAAUUUUCAUUAUUUGGGUGAACUAACACUUACAUAUCUUUUAAUUUUUCCUUAUAGUGAUUCUCAUAAUAAUGUAAAACAGCCAUAGUAAUAAUUGCAAAUUAGCAAAAUUUUGAUUUUUUUUGUUUGAUUUUGAGGUCAAAUUGACCCAGACAUGUUAACAAGUAUGGUUUGAUGUGUGAAAUGAAGGACAGAAGUGAGAGAUUGGGAGGUUUAUUGUUAGAAUUGCUUUUAGCUGCUUUUAAAACAUAUCAAACCAGACGGGGACUCUCUCCAUUUGAUGGACUUUCAGUUUGCCAGAUUCAUCGAAAUGGAUGUAACGGAAGAACGAAAAGCCGGAAAACAUAUGUAGAUAAUUCAGUUUGAAAAAUGCUAGGAUGUAUAUUAUCUAGAAAGGUUUUUCCCAGAAAAGUUGUGUUCGGAAUAUCAUAAAUACAGUGCCUUGUAUAAGCGUUGUGUGCUCCGUAAACAAGAGCUGUAGGCAGGUGGUGUUUAUAGGUUAUCACUGCGUCUGCACACUUUUAUUUCUUAUUAAUCAAAUUCCACAGGAGACGUCUUUAUUAUCAGGCAUAGUGUAAGUUACACUUUAAUCCUUCAUUUGCUUGUCUGAUUUUUACAUUUAAUUACGUUUAUCCUUCAAACAUGCUUCCGAGUCUUAAGUUAUAAAGUAUGCUUGCUGUGUUUUAUCUUUAUAUUUGCAUAAUUAGAAAGUGACUAAGAUAAUCUAAAGGUCUGUAUUGUUUCUCAGACAGUGUGGGUUUCACUUAGUUCUGGUUAAAUCCAUGAUCACGGAUCUGUUUUGAUUUUGCAUGGAUUUAACAGUUGAGAAUCAAAAUGUACUCGUCUUCAAAAGCAUUCCUCAGUUCCAUUGAUAAAUAUUAACUUUUGCGUAGAUGUUGGUGGGGAAGGAAACCUUUCAGAGAACUAGGAUGUAGCCAGAAAGCAUGCUUGCAUUAUCUGUUUCCUGGUGAGGACAACUCGCUUCCUCUCUGUCAGCUUGGCCUCAAAUACACAGGUUUCUAAUGCACAACCUUUAGCACUCCCUGCCUCUUAUUUUUGAUAACCUGUUGAUUUUCACAUCAAAUUUCAUAUCUAGGUUGUUUGUUUGUUUGUAGGCUAAAAAAUAAAUCUCCUUUUAGAAAGGGGUUUAGAGUGAAUCUAAUAUAAACACUUGAUUCAGCUUAUUUUCUUGAAGCUUGUGAAUCCAAACACCACUUUGGAGAAAAUAAAUCUGAUUUGAUGAAUCCUUUCAA